CGCAUGCGCAGUAACGCAACCGGAACACCGGCUGGAAGAAAACUGAAAAUACAACUGGUGCUCUUCUCCGAAGCCCAGUGGCUGGACUCUGAAUGCGGAGAGCGCCACAUCAUGGAGGCGGUGCUAAAAAACCUGUCGGUCACGGUGGAGCUGCUAGCCGUGGCGGCUCACAGCAGCGGUGUGCUGGACCGAUGGGAUGAACAAACUCUGUCCAGAGCUUUUCACUGGGCCAAGUACUGCGAGCACAUCCACUCCAGAUUCCACAAUAACCCCGCUAUAAGAAGAGUUCUGGAGGAACAGCUGCUGCUCACAAAUCAAAGCUUGAGAAAAGUCUUUCCUGGAUGCUCAGAAGUUUAUUUCUCGGACCUCUCACACUGCCAGCACUUGCUGCUGGUUGGGCUGCUGAACAACCCUGAACUGCCCAUCUCCAUCAUGAAGGUACUUUUUAAAGCUCAGAGACCUGGUAACAUCUUGAGCAGUGACUAUGAAGAUGCACCUGGCCUCUGCAGCCACAUCAUUCAGUGCAAAUCGAUUUGUAAAGUCCUGCGUCCACUCGGUGGUCUGUCAGCAGUUGGUGCUGAUGCUGAGGUGCAGGGGGAGAUGUUGAUGGAGAGGCUGGGCACCGACCUUCACGGGGCAGAGGACGUUUUAUGCUCUGUCCUCCAGGUGUUUGAAGGAGCAGCACAUCGUUUGUGUCUAGUCAUCGCUGCGGCUCUGCUGACGAGGAAAGACUCGACUGAACAAAGUGCCUCGCAGGACUUUCUGUCGGACUGGCUGCAGCGUCAACACGCCGUGCUGCAGCGCAUGUGUUCUGUGCUGCCUCCUGCACUUCUUAAAGAACUGGUAAAAAGGCACCAAAUAUUUCGAGCUGCUUUCUGCAAGACGCUGAAGCAGUGGGCGUCAGAGAUGGAGUACAGAAUAAGUGAUGGUGAAUGGGUUCACAGUACGACCCCCACAGUGUCUUUUCAGAAACUGACUGAGCUCUUUAGGGUAUUGUUUGAGGCCUGUCCCGCUGUGAAGAGCAAAACAGAAGAUGAGCUAAACGCUUUAAAGAUCUCUGAUGGAGACUUUGAUGUCCGAGGGCUGAGUGUGUGGGGAGACCUCCUGUCAGCAUUGAGUGACAGUCAGAGCUGAGGCUUCUUUAAAGACGACAAAUUAUCGCCAACAUUUGCACAUUAAACUGUGGGAUCUUUUAAUAAAUAUAAACUAAAUAUAGUGGUGCACUGCAGGAA